CGUCAAGCUUGGAAUUUAGAAAUAGAUCUUGGGAUGAACCUAUGUCAGAUAUUUAUAAAUCUGCACAAACGCAUACUGGUAGUGGUGCGGAUGGUUCGGAGGUUAAAACGGGUGAUACUCCGAACAAAUAG